UUUACCCGUCUCUCCAUCUCAGCUAGCAAUCCACCGUGGUAACGCAGGGUUCCAGUUGUUGGAGAGCACAUGGCUCCCAUCCAAGUAGAGGCGCUUGAGAGUGGACCGCUUGGAGAGCAGGAGCACAGUCGCACGCUAUCCAUCGCCUGGUAGCCACCGCCACUCUGCGUCCUCUGGGGAUCUCCUCCCUUUAUGUAGGCACACUUAACACACCAAUUAUCUCGUCUCGGAUCUAGAUUUUUCCUCGUUUUCCUUUCCCCCCCUCUCUCUUCACUCCUUGCCCCGGGUCAGGCUUAACCAUCACUUUGUUUGGUAUAAACAAUCAUUGGUGAUCAUCACAUCGGGAGCCAAAGGACGUUUGCCACUGUUCGCUUUGAGACCGAGCUGCUGGGGCGUCAUGACGGCGGAAAAGAGCGGGCCCGUUGUAAACGGUAAACAAGGCGAGGACCCUGAAGGCUCAGCCUCCAGUGUGGACAAGCAGGAGUACCAUGAGAGGGGCCACUGGAACAACAAGAUCGAGUUCUUCCUGUCCGUCGCCGGGGAGAUCAUCGGCCUCGGCAACGUCUGGAGGUUCCCUUACCUCUGCUACAAGAAUGGAGGAGGGGCCUUCUUCGUACCGUACGUCAUCUUCUUUGUGUGCUGUGGCAUCCCCGUGUUCUUCCUGGAGACCGCCAUGGGCCAGUUCACCAGCGAGGGAGGCAUCACGUGCUGGAGGAAGGUCUGCCCGCUCUUUGAGGGGAUUGGCUACGCAACCCAGGUGAUUCAGGCGCAUCUAAACGUCUACUACGUGGUCAUCCUAGCCUGGGCCAUCUUCUACCUCUUCAACUGCUUUACCACCGAGCUGCCCUGGGCUAACUGCGGCCACUACUGGAACACAGAGAACUGUGUUGACAUGUAUGGAGCGAACGCCACCAACUUCACAAACCCAAACGCCACUUCUCCGGUCAUUGAGUUCUGGGAACGCAGAGUUCUGAAGAUAUCAGAUGGCAUCGAGCACAUGGGCAGUAUUCGCUGGGAGCUGGCCUUCUGUCUGGCCCUGGCCUGGUUCAUCUGCUACUUCUGCAUCUGGAAGGGACCCAAAUCUACCGGCAAGGUGGUGUACGUGACGGCCACAUUCCCCUACGCUAUGCUGUUGGUCCUGCUGAUCCGAGGGGUGACACUGCCAGGAGCCUGGGAGGGUAUCAAGUUCUACCUCUACCCGGACAUCUCCCGCCUCUCAGACCCUCAGGUAUGGGUGGAUGCAGGGACUCAAAUCUUCUUCUCAUACGCCAUCUGCUUGGGCUGUCUCACUGCUUUGGGCAGCUACAACGCCUACAACAACAACUGCUACAGGGACUGCCUCAUGCUGUGCUGUCUGAACAGCGGCACCAGCUUCGUGGCGGGCUUCGCCAUCUUCUCCGUGCUGGGCUUCAUGGCCUUGGAGCAGGGCGUCCCCAUCGAGGCGGUGGCCGAGUCAGGUCCCGGCCUGGCCUUCAUUGCCUACCCCAAGGCGGUCACCAUGAUGCCCCUGUCCCCACUCUGGGCCUGCCUCUUCUUCAUGAUGCUCAUCUUCCUCGGACUGGACAGUCAGUUUGUGUGUGUGGAGAGUCUGGUGACGGCCGUGGUGGACCUGUACCCCGAGACGUUCAGGAGAGGCUACCGCAGGGAGCUGCUCAUCCUGGGCAUGUCGGUCGUCUCCUUCUGCGUAGGACUCAUCAUGUGCACAGAGGGCGGAAUGUACGUGUUCCAGUUGUUUGAUUCUUACGCGGCAAGCGGGAUGUGUUUGCUGUUUGUGGCCAUAUUUGAGUCUAUAGCCAUUGGCUGGGUCUACGGAAGUGACAGGUUCUACUCCAACAUUGAGGACAUGAUUGGCUACAAGCCAGUCUUCUUCAUCAAAUGGUGCUGGAUGAUCCUUACCCCGGGCAUCUGCGCUGCCAUCUUCCUGUUCUUCCUCAUCAAGUACAAGCCCCUGAAGUACAACAACGUGUACACUUACCCGGACUGGGGCUACGGCAUCGGCUGGUUCAUGGCCAUGUCCUCCAUGGUCUGCAUCCCGUUCGGGAUGAUCUGGAUGAUCUGGAAGACCCCCGGCACCUUCAGCGAGAGGAUGAAGAAGUUGACCACACCGAGUCCAGACCUGAAAAUGAGAGGGAAACUCGGAACCACGAGUCCUUACGCCGUCAACGAUGCAAAACCAAAGGCUGACGGGAAAGUAUCCGCCCACACAGAGAAGGAGACGCAUUUUUAACUGCCGCAAUCAAGCAACGACCAAGCUGCCUGCCAUUUCAACAACAAUCAUCACAGGAAAUACAAAAGGAAAGUUCAACAACGACGGUAUCUCCCACUCAACCUAAUUGGAUGUGAAAACAAAAUGGAAUUUUGCCUUUUUUGUUAUUUUUUAAAACAAAACAAAGCAUAGUUGUGCCUCCGUUUCGCACAACAAUUGAUAGCAGUCUUUUAUUUUGUCUUGAUAAUAUAACUAACAGUUUUUCUGUUUUCUUAAUGAGUAAUACAAAAACCAAAGGAGCUUUGGAUGACAUAGAUGUUGUCCUGCUACCUGGUCAUUAUGUGACUCUUGUGUCCAUGCCUUUAGAACAAAGGCAAUGUGUUGUAAAAAGGUUUACACCAUUUUUUUUGUGAUGGCAACAAGCUUCACGUUGUGUUUUUUCUCUUUUAGGUCUUAAUAUGUAGCUGGGUUUGGGGACCCAUAAUUUAGUAGUAAUCAUUAAACACUUGUCCUAAGACUUAUACGAGAGCAAUGUGAAUCAAAAUAAGUUAAACGAUGCAUAUCGAAAGAGUUCUGCCGUUACAGAAUCUGAUGUGUUUUUCGCAUUUCUUCCCAAUAAAUAAUUAUAUCGCUUUGCAAAUUAGGAGCUAAUUAGAUGUCCUGUUUGGGCAGAAGAACUCCAUUUGAAAAGCAUGCAAAACUAGCAUGCAAAACUACCAAGGCAGGACUCUGUUAAAUGCUUUUGAUUCCUCCCCACUCGGUUUCAGAGUGAAAGGCCUCAUGGAGCUGUGUUCGACUCGCAGGUUGAGUCUAACCCCCCCCCCCCCCCCUCUCUCUCUCUCUCCCUCUCUUACCCCCCCUGCACACACACACACGCAGCCUCCCUAUAAGUCUCCGGUUCCCUGCCAUUUCACAGUAAUUACGUUGAGCCUAACGCACAGUGACAGACAGAUAGAUGUGUACCCCCCCCCCCGCCUUUUUUAUUUUAUUUAAGACAUCCUUCACCAUGAUGCCUUUCAAAAACGUGAAUCUCCUGAACUGUGUCCUUGUGUUCAUUCCCUUUCCCCCAUCCCCCUCAACCUUCUCCUCCCCCUUUGUCUAGUCUGUUUCUUCUUCUUCUACGAGUAAUUUUGUCAUCAUACUCUCACAUUCUAUUCAAGACAGAAGCAGUGACAUCGUAAUGUAACUGUGAGCAAAUUGCUCUGGGUUUGGUCCCACACUUUUUUUAUCAGCAUUGAUUACGUCGAAGAACGAUGCUCCGGAGGAAGCAGGCGGGUGAUUCGGAGCUUGAUUCGGAGCUUGUUGUGUCAACCCACGUCAAACCUUUCAGAGGAAAUAAACCAGCGGUGGCAGAGAUUAGAUGUUUCGAUGCCCGAGACCUAUUUUAGGGGGCGGGGGGAGGCUGAACUCUGCAGUGAGCAGGAGCCAAUGAGCUGGUCUCAUCCAUGUUCUGUGUUGAGUUGACGUUCUUCUGACAUUUCUUCCUUGCUCACUUCAUGUGUUCGUCCUCUCUUUUGUAUGUUCGUUCUCUCCUUCUUGCCUUCUCACAGAAAAAUGAAAUCAGAGCAGAAUGUGGGAGAGGGAGCCAGAAAAUGUUUCUCUGUUUGCAGUUUUUUCCGGAGGGGGCGGGUAGGAAGUUGAAGCAAUUGAAUCAAAGAUGAGCAGAGGAAGUGGCUGACGAAGCAAGUGAAGCGAUGAGGGAGUUUAAAGGAAGUGUAUUUUUCUAGAAGGAAGCCCCGCCCCCCUGUCGAAAACCCUCUGAAACCUGUCGUGAUGGGUUCCCUGAAGUGUGAUAAAUUAACCUUACGUCAGUGUUGUGUGACUGGAAACGGUAGGCUGUUUAACACUGGCCACAUUGAUGUAUUUUUCUUUUUCUUAUUUUGAUAUACAGCUCAAAAGCUCUGCUGUUAGAUAAAUAUAAUAAACAUAAAUACAUUGUUUGACUAUUCUAUACUGUUACAAAUGUUCUGAAAUUCACAGAACACACAGUCUGCUUACUCGUUUUAAAAAAUAAAUAUAAAAGAAAAACAA